AUGAAAGGAUUUUGUGUGGAUAACAUUUCGUCGCAAAAUCUGAUGAAAUCCUCUGUACAAAGGAGUAUCAAAGCAACGAUAUUAAAACAAUAUCCAAAAUUGGAAAAUUUUAUUGAUGAUAUAUUUCCUAAAAAGGAACCAAUAUUUUUAGGGAAAUGCACAAACCAUGUAACUAUAAUAAUAGGAAAUAAUGAAGUGCUUUUUUUUCAAAUACGAAAUGGACCAUGGAUGCCAAAUUUGAGAUUAGUUCACACAUAUCCAUUUUUAAUGCCACAAAUACAAGUUGAUAAGGGUGCAAUAAAACAUGUAUUGAGGGGGUCAAAUGUAAUGUGCCCUGGUGUAACAUCUCCAGGUGGUAAAUUAGACGAUGUUGAAGCAAAUACCGUUGUGCAAAUUCGAGCUGAAGGUAAAGAGCAUGCUUGUGCAGUAGGAAUAGCAACUAUGUCAUCAAAAGAAAUAAUUGAAAUAAAUAAAAAUAUGUGUAUUGAGAAUAUUCAUUACCUGAAUGACGGAUUGUGGAAUUGCAAACUGAAUGACAAAUAA